GUCUGAUCAUUGUGUUGACAUGUCCGCUGCUGGUCUGAUGGUGGUUUCUGCGGGUUUUAGAGACUGGGUGAUCGAGUCCGUCCGCGGCCCGGCCUGAUGGAGGAGCCCGGAGACCUGGUGGAGCGUCCGUCCAGGAAGCGCCGCGACUCCUUCGGGAUGCUCGACGGUUUGGAGGAGGACCGGAGCAGCUGCAGCACCGAGUCUAGCGGCGGGGGGAGUGGCGCCUCCAGCCCUGAGGACAGUGACGAGGAGGAGCUGGGGGGAGGAGGAGGAGGAGGCGGGGCCCAGCUUGCCCCUUCCUCCUCCUCCUCCUCCCUGACUCUCAUCAAGACCAACGGGCAGGUGUACACCUACCCCGACGGGAAGGCAGGCAUGGCGACCUGUGAGAUGUGCGGUAUGGUGGGCGUCAGAGAUGCUUUCUACAGUAAAACCAAACGUUUCUGCAGUGUCUCCUGCUCCAGAAGUUACUCGUCCAACUCUAAGAAGGCCAGCAUUCUGGCCAGACUGCAGGGGAAGCCUCCCACUAAGAAGGCCAAGGUUCUGCAGAAACAGCCUUUGAUGACCAAACUGGCUGCUUACGCUCAGCACCAAGCCAACCAGCAGAGCAGCAUCAAGAAGAGCCUUACUGUGGAGGUGUUUGACUGGGGUCGUUACCUUGGAGACGGAGAUGUGACGGGAGCACCGGUCAGCUGCUUCAAACAUGUCCCGAUGGGGAAGUCGUGGAGUGACGUCAGUGAGGGCGUCCGGGUGGAAGUCCCCAACACGGACAGCGGUCUGCCCAUGAAGGUCUACUGGAUCGCUGGCAUCAUCAAACUGGCUGGUUUUAAGGCCCUGAUGCGGUACGAGGGUUUCGACAGUGAUGCCACGAGGGACUUUUGGUUGAACUUGUGCGUGCCGGACAUCCAUCCGGUGGGCUGGUGUGCUGCUGGAGGGAAACCUCUGGUCCCCCCUCAGACCAUCCUGCACAGGUUCACAAACUGGAAGACAUUCCUCAUCAAAAGACUGACGGGAUCCAAAACCCUGCCGCCAGACUUCCCCUCCAAGGUGCAGGAGAGCAUGCAGGUUCCCUUUAAGAAGCAGAUGAGGGUGGAGGUGGUGGAUAAGACUCACCUUUGUCGGACUCGGGUGGCGCUGGUUGAACAGGUGAUCGGCGGCCGCCUCCGUCUGGUGUACGAGGAGUGUGACGAUGGUUCGGACGACUUCUGGUGUCACAUGUACAGUCCUCUGAUCCACAACAUCGGCUGGUCUCGAUCGAUCGGCCACCGGUUCAAACGAUCCGAUGUGUCGAAGAAGCUGAUCGCUCAGACGGACGCACCUGGACAGCUGUUUGCCAAGGUGAGGGAGGUGGAUCAGAGUGGUCCCUGGUUUGAGGACGGGAUGAAGCUGGAGGCCAUCGACCCUCUGAACCUGUCUGCCAUCUGCGUGGCCACCGUGAGGAAGGUGCUGGCAGACGGGUACCUGAUGAUCGGCAUCGACGGCUCGGAGGCGGCAGACGGUUCCGACUGGUUCUGUUAUCACGCCACCUCGCCCUCCGUCUUCCCUGCCGGCUUCUGUGAGAUCAACAACAUCGAGCUGACACCCCCGAGAGGUUACAGCGCUCUCCCCUUCAGGUGGUUCGAGUAUCUGAAGGAGACAAAGUCUGUGGCGGCUCCCGUCAACCUCUUCAACAAGGACGUCCCUGACCACGGCUUCCGUCCCGGGAUGAAGCUGGAGGCCGUCGACCUCAUGGAGCCCCGGCUGGUCUGCGUCGCCACGGUGACUCGCAUCGUCCACCGGUUGCUACGGAUACACUUUGACGGCUGGGAGGACGAAUACGACCAGUGGGUCGACUGUGAAUCACCUGACCUCUACCCCGUGGGCUGGUGUCAGCUGACCGGGUACCAGCUUCAGCCGCCCGCUGUCAGUGCAGGCUGCAGAGAUCUGGGCUCAGCAGUGUCCAAACAAAGAAAGAAGUCUCAGCAGUACAAAGGACAGAAGAAAAAGAGGAAGUUGCCUGUUGCUAAGCGCCCCGUCAGCCUCUCCGGCGCCGUGGUAACGGGCGUCCCCCGGAACCUGUCGGGAGAUGAGAAUGAGACGCCGCCAAACUACCCAUCAACCCCUUCUCCUGCCUCAGCAGCCCAGCCACCAUCAGCUGACCCGGAGAGCAGCCCCAACACUGAGGGGGGGGCAGGUUCGCAGGUUAAAGAGGAGAACGUGGACGGAGAGUUUUCUUCUGAGCGGACUGAGACAGAAACCAACGGAUCCUCCGGAGAGUUCCAUUAGGCUUCAUCUCUCUCUCACUCUUCGUCAGACUGACCGACUGUGAGCUGAUCAGGUUUUAUUUCAGACUGUAAACAUCAACAGCUGCAUGAUGAAAAUGUUUUACAGUCCCGUCAUCUCAACAUCCAGGUUUUCCUCUUGGGGUUUUUACGGUCAGACCAGAAAGCAGCUCAGCAGAACUAUUCAAAAAACUUUUAAAAACUCAUAUAUAUAAAGGCCCUGAUCCAAAUAUGGUCAACACACAAAAACUACAAAGUGUGAACAAUGAUUUAGUGGCUGAUGGAAUCAAUGAUGGACAUCGAUCAUGCAUUCAGUUUUAUUUUACAAUUUUCACUGUGUCCAAACUUUUUACUGGAUAUUUUUUUCUAACUGUGUUUGAGUUGUUCUGAUUGUGCUGAUUCCAUAGAGCUGCAGGACUUAGAGAUUUUAUAUUUUGCAGUAAAAACAUGAGGACACAGAGAGGAGAAUGUAGAAAGAGCUAAAAACUCCCUGAAACGUCUUGUUCAGUGAAAGUGAGUCAAGUUUGGUCUUAUACCACAGUUGUUUUUCCUGAAUCUUCCUCAGAAUUAUUUUAUUUAUUAUUGUUAUUACUUUGCUGGGAAAAUGCCAACAUUUGCCACAACAGGCUAAACAGUAUCUAUUGAAGAAAUCAUGUUUUUAUGCAAAUUAUGUUUUUAAUAAAUCGAAUUUGAGCUGAAAUUUCCCCCUCAAAGCUGGUCUGACCGGAACCUUUUUAAUUUCCCCCAAUCCCACUUUUCAUACGUCUGUUUUUGGCGGAGCUUGUCUCGUCUGACUCUUGUGACUGAAAAACGAGGGAAGAAAACCAAAAUACAAAAAAAUAGAGAAAAAAGAAGGAGGACCGGUUCGUCCACAGACAUAAGCGUUUACACGUUCAAUUCUCCUGAGAGAGAAAAAAAAUGGAUGGAGAAAAAAAAGAAAAAACACAAUGAGAAAACUUUUGUAUAAUGACUUUUUUCAACGCCAACAUCUUUGUUGUUUGUACGUGUUCGUGGUGUGUUCGAGGGUCAAAACUCUUGACGUAAAGUUAAUAAUAAUACUGGAUGCUGUGUGAUGUCAUGUUGAGAUUAGCAGUCAUUUAAAAAAUGUGUGUGUGUGUGUGUGUGCGUGUGUGUGUGUGUGUGGUGGAUUGUGGAUUGACGAGGCGUCAGGAUGCUGCAGGGUCAGAUAAACUGAGCCUGUGUUGGUUAUUGUUGUUGUGCGCUGAAAGUUUAAAACCAGCCAAAAGUGAAUGAAGUUCGGUUAUAGAAAUUCUGCUGUUCGUCAGAAAAAAACACACUUUUUUAAAUCUAAAACCUCAGUGUCAGUAACUGCAAUAAACACACAUCCAAACAACUGCAAUAAGAGACUGACGUUGGUCUGAGUAUCAUUUAAAAACAGCCUGAUCUCACAACAUUACGUGAAAUGACCACAACUUCUUAACACCGAAUUAUGUGCUGGUGGCUCAUAUUUAGCGAAAAAUUAAGUGAAACGGAGGAGCUUUCUAAAAAAUAGAACACACGUCAUUAUACUUACUCGUACGGUUGUAAAAAAGCUGCGGUUUCUGUGGGUUUAGGCUACAAAACCACUGAGCUAGGGUUAAACCUUCUUGGUAAGGAUCUAAAAGACAGUUUCAACAGGAAAGAAAUGCUGUAAAGUGAAGGAGUUACGAGGACGACGUGAGCCACCAAAAGUUAUGUCAAAAACAUAUGAUGUAAAAACGUAAGUUACGUAAAAAACGUGAUUCAAAACCAUGAGCCACAGAAGUUAAGUCAAAAACAUAGGUGACAUAAAAACGUAAAUUACAAAAAAACAUAGGUGACAAAAACAUUAGCCACAGAAGUUAGGUAAAAAAUGUAAGAUGUAUAAAAAAAAUGUAAAAAAACAACGACCCAAUGUUACAUUAAAAAACAGCGAUUCACAAAACGUGAGCCACACGUCAAAAAUGUAAGCGACAUAAAUAUGUAAGUUACGUAAAAAACGCAAGCCACAGAAGUUAGGUACAUAAUGUAAGAUGUAUGUAUAAAAAUAAAAAAAAUGUAAGUGUGUUUUGUGUAAGAUUCACAAAACAUGAGCCACAGCAGUUACGUAAAAAACGUGAGCCACAGAAGUUAGGUAAAAAAAUGUAAGAUAUAUUAAAAAACAUAAGUUACACUAAAAAAAAAGUGAUUCACAUAAGAGGCCCCGGAAGUUACAUGAAAAACGUAAGUGACGUAAAAAACGAUUCACAAGAGGUUGCGUUAAAGUUGUCUUAAAAUGUUGAUAUUUCUUCCGGAAUCUCUUUAUUGUAUGUGUCAUUUAAAACAUGUCAGAGAUGAAGCGUUUACAGUUUCCUGCAGUUUUAAUCGUGGGUCAGGGCUGACGCCGAUGUACUGGACUGAUAUUCAAAUCAAAAAUCAGUCGUUGCUAUUUUAGGCUAUGUUUGAGCUGCUGCAGUUUGGAGUUUAAAGGUUUUAAAGCCCACCGUAAACUGUUUUGGUUGUUAAGUCGUGCUGGGAAGUUCCCGGCAGUCACCAGCGUGUUUCCACUGGCAGCUCCGUGUGAAUGUGAAGCUUCCCUCAGUAAAUCUAUAAAUACGAGCUGAGAGUCGUUCUGCAGCUGAUAAACUGUUCAUACCUCACAAGAAGUUUAUAAAAACAAUAAUUAAAAGAACAUUCAGCAUUUAAAGGUUGGAAAACAAAAUGGUAUAAUAAAGAAUAUUAAAAAAGGAGUAUAUUUAAACAUUCUAGUGAAGAUUAUCACAUUAAAAGUAAAUACAUGUUUCAAAUUUAACUCAAACAAUAUUAUUAUACGAACAAAUAUUUGGACUUCAGUAAUUAAACAUUAUAUUAUAACUUCCGUAUAACAUUAUUACUUCAGACUUGCCUAGUGUUACAUUUUAAAACAUAUAUUAGAUAUUUAUGGCCAUGAUUAGCAUGUAGCAUUAGAUGGAUAAACAUUUCUGUUCUGAAAAUACGCUCAAUACUCAUUAGGUUUCAUGAAUGUGUUACUAAAUGUUGAAACCGGCAGCACGAGGGAGGAGUUUGUUAAAGAAACAGCAGCUGGACAAGAAUAAAACAAUCUCAACACAGGGUCCAUGGUAGCUGUUUUGGAAGCUUUCAUCCUCAUAUCAUGGACUUCUUCAGCUUGAUGAGUUUUAUUUAGGUGACCAGACGUCCCAGUUCGUUCACGCAUGAUUUCCCGAAAAAUAUAUGUAAAACUCCUGCGUGUUCCCCACAGGGACUUCAUGGUGCAUUCAGGAGAACUGGAGCUGUUGUCAUAAAGUGCCAUUCUGUAUUUGUCGUGGUUAUAUUUCUGUUUGUCAGUUUGUUUUCAAUGAGCAAACAAAAUUACGUAUUUUUGUAGGCCGACACGGAAGUAGCAUCGACAUCAGGUCUGUUAGAGUUCUCCUCUGGGAUUUUGGAUGCUGACGCAUUUGGUUCAGCAGUUGUUGUAAAAAAAAAUAGAUGCAGUUUCUGUGAAUUUAGGCUUCAAAACCACUGAGCUAGGUUUAGGGCAGAAACCUUCCUGGUUAGGCUCUAAAAGACAGGAAAUAAAUGACCUAAAUGCUGUAAGUGAAGGAGUUACGAGGACGACGUGAGACACAGAAGUUACGUAAAAAACGCAACUGACGAAAAAAGGUAAUUUACGUAAUAAAAACGUGAGCUACAGAAGUUACGUAAAAAACUUUAGUGUUACUGUCAUUAGUGGGACUGUUAUAUCACACUGAAAAACAUGUGGUUUGUUUUUAAAUGUAAAAUGUUUCGACAGUUUCGACAGUUGUCAGGGACUAAAACCGAUCAUUUAUUUUUACCUUUAUGAAUAUAGACGUAGUCUAACAGUGACUUAACCUCACUGCUGACAAAAUUCAAAUCAAAAAUAAAUUAUAAUUGAAGCCUAAACUCCUGGUUUGAGGUGUUUCCCUUUGGAGCGUUGAUAAUAUGAGUAACUUAUUUCAGAGUUUAGCUCAUUUUUAAUUUUUAACUUCCUUCAAAAAACCAAUAAGAUGGACCUUGUGUUGAUGUUACUUGUUAUUGAGCAUCUCAGUGUGUCAGGAAGGCCAGGCUGAAGAGAAAAGAUGCCUUUUAAAACUGGCGUUGAUUAAAUUUUGGUGCUCGACCAUGUCUCUCUGUGAUGUCCAAUGUUAGUUUUGUCUACAGUUGUGAGUUUGUAGAGUGAUGUGAUUUCUAAAUGUUGUUAUCAUCUCGUCUUUCUGCACGCUGUAGCUCAACCCAUUGCUCGUUACCAUCAAACAGUGUAAGUGACAGUCUGAUCUAAUUACUAGUGUUCAUUUUGCUAAUUGACUUCUAUGGCUGAAAAUAUUUGCUGACCUUUCUUUGUCACAAUCUAAAUACUGAAAAAUAUAGACAAUCGAAAUAAACAGUUACAUUGAAAAUGAAAUAAAAAACUGAUUUACAGACAAACUAACAAUUUUGAUGUAAUAUGUUAUUUUAAGACCUGGUACAAACAUUUAUUGAAAGAUAAGAUAAAGCUGAGAAUUACAAAUUCCCAAAUUCACAUUCAUAUCUAAACGUAUCUGUUUUAAUCUAAUUCAAAUAUCCAAAGUCCGGACGCCCAGUUUUGCCUAGAAAACAAAAAAGACAAGAUGAAAGUUUAAACAUAAUUUAAAUGAAAAGACUCUUGGUUCGUAAUUUUUUACUAAGAAACUUUUUCACUUCCUCUCCACGGUUGUAACGGUUCGGUUCAUACUUCAUAAUUCUUCACUGAACGUAAAAGAACAUAAUUUUCUAUAUCAGAUUUUAUGUUUUUUGUGUUUAACACGUUGAUCCAGUGAGUCAAAGUGAAAAUAAUGAUCAGGUCAUAGUGUUCAAAAUAAUAGCAAUCCAAUGUGACUAACCAGUCUUCCGUUUUCUGUCACGUGUCUGGUUGUGCUCUCCAGUUUAAAGCAUUGGAGAUAAUUUUAGCUGAACAGCCUAUAAUUGUUUUUCCCUCUCCAAUCAACUUUUUAAUCAAAGUACGCUGUUCUUCUUAACAAUGUCUUGAACGACCCAUUUUCCUCAGGCUUUCAAAGAGAAAUGCAUGUUCAACAAGUGCUGGCUUCAUCCUUAAAUAGGGGUCACCUGAUUUACACCUGUUUUUUCACAAAAUUGAUGACCUCACUGAUUGAAUGUCACACUGCUAUUUUUUUAACACACCCCUUUCAACUAAUUGCCCAAUUGCACAGCCUUAAGAGCAGGCAUAUCACGAAUGCUGGGUCUUGUUGGUUUUCUGAGAAUCUACUGGAUUAAUCUGGUUAGUCACAUUGGACUGCUAUUAUUUUGAACACUCCUGUAGGUGAGGCUGUGCUGAAAACAAUGUCACCAACAUGUCAUGGUAGAAAUGAAACUUGAUGUAAUAAAUCCAGUGAGAAGAAGGGUAAUUUUCUCAUAGACUCCUAUACAGGACUUCUUUUUGCAGCCAGUGGAGUCGCCCCAUGCUGACCGUUAGAAACAAUGCAGGUUUAACACUUGAAAGUUGCCUCUUGGAUGAAACAAAUAUGAAUGCAAACAAAUAAGGCCGAAAGUGGAAAGAAAGUUAUUAAAUAAUUUUCACCAUAAAAACAUUUGUGUAUUAACUGUACAUGGUCAGAUUUUUUUUUGAUGUAUAAUCUCCGAAUUUAUGUGUAAGUAUUUUUGUUUUUGUCAAGCUGUCAAAGUUUUCUACUUCAUUAUUUAGCACUAAUGUAACGUAGGAGCCUGAGGAGGGAAAGUCACGACAACGCGCACAAAUCAAGUAUUACAGGGCUCGCAGUGUAUGAGGGGUAUUUUAUACCAGCGAACUAUACUAAAACGUGUGUACAGCGCCUAUGCGAUGACAUCAAACCUCUAACGUGCGCGUGUAAAUUCCAUUCACUUUCAGUGGACAAACGAGCGUCACGUAGGCGUCGUGCAGACGCUGCACACAAGCGUUGUUGCGCAUACGCCUAUGUGACGGCUGCAUGACGGGUGAACUACGCCUCAAAUACGUGACAUGAAGACCCGCGUGACUGUUAAGUACAAUUUUACAUGAGCGUACAGACACACGCUGUGUAGUGUUUGUGGAAAUCAAAUAGCAAAGGGUUAUUUUUGCCGCGCCAUGAGCGAACGUAGCGGACGCCUGUGUGCACACUCGUCUCAAUGUACAAAUAAUUAUUUACUUCAUGAUGACAAAUUUUGAGUUUAACAGCCGCUUCGCUUUACAAUUCAAACAGUUCAUGUAUUACCAAGAGAGACCGAUGAGACAGUUUAGGCUAUUUCAGUCUACACACAACGAUGAAGUCACCCAUCACCCCUUCAUUAUCCGGUGUACUCGCAAUACGCCUAUUUAUCAGUCUUUAUGCAGGUGCAGGCGGUGCGGUUAAGGCGUUUUAGUAUAGUUCGCUGGCAUAAAAUGCCCCUGAUAGCAGUGUGUGUGUGUGUGUGUGUGUGUGUGUGUGUGUAUACAUCCUGCACACUACUCUAGUAGCUGUUUUCUUUGACUUGUUUGUGUGCGUACACGUCUUCUGUUUGUGUUUGUUAUCUUUUUGUACGUGAUAUUGUCCUCUUUGUAUUCUGGUGCUAUCUAUCGUUGAUAUCUACACAUUUGAUAAAGUUUUUAUGGGAUGACUUUGACAGGCUGUGACCCGGUGAAGAAGUCGCAGCUGUGUGUGACAGACUUUUGUACCAGGAGAAAAUAAAUAACGUGUUUAAAAGGGGGAAAAAAGAAAAGAUUCUUGUAUGCUGUGACACGAGUUGAAUUGUGUUAUAAUCCUCGUCAGUCUGUGAUGUUCUGUGUGUCCGUCAGCAGCGGGAAGGGUUAAAAUAAAGACUUUCUACAGCGGCAGAGUUUCCUUAGACUGAAGUUUGGGACUCAAAGACCAAAAAAAUUAUGUUUGACUCGGCCUGAACACCAACACCAGCGCUUUCAGCCAUAUAUCUUAAUAUAGCAGAGAAUUAACCAUAAAGUGUCUAUUCUGAAGUUUAUUUUCUAUUCAUCAAACGGUUUGACAUAAAAGUUUUGACCUUGUACUUGUAAAUUUGGAUCAACCGCAAAGUUUUUAAAAAAGCAUUUAAAAGAUUUAAAUCAUCCAAACCAAGGUUGAAACCACAAAUAACACUUUUAAUUUGACUUUAAGUGCAAACAUAAGAUAAAACUUUUAAAUAAAAAAUAUGAAAACUGAAACCAAAAUCAGAUCGGUUGCAGAAUUCCAAGAUGGGAACAAAAAAACAAGUAGACCGUUUUGGAGAUUAUUUAUUUAUUGGCGUGUUAAAUGUCUCAAUAUCUGAAGUUUCUAUCGGGUCCAAAAAUGUUGGCGUCAAGUUGAGUUUAUUAUCUCGAGAUUUAAGGUCUUUGAUUGGGUACUAAUUGUUGGAUCCAAUCCACAACUUGAAUUUUGAAGAUAAUAGAGUCAAGAUCAUGAGAUUAUAAUCUGGAGAUUAGAGAUCUGAGAUCAAGUACAAAAGCUUGAACCCGCUUCAGCUACAAAUUUGGAAUCUGAUAUAAAUAAAAAGACGUCAGGAGUUUAAUAUCUUGAGAUCAGAAGCCACGGACUCUUUACAACAUCAAGAAUUUACCGGGGAACCCCUGAUCUAAGUAGCUUAUUUUUUUGCACUUCUAAUUUGAAAUGUGUUUCACUCUUAAAAUAAAUAAAACUUCUGCUUACAAUAAACUUAGAAUUAAAUCAAAAUCAGAUCGGAUGCAGAAUUCGAAGACUGGAACAAAAAAUGAGUGUUGUUAAUGUAUCGUCAUGUUAAAUGUCUUCAUUUUUUUUCUUGAGUUUAUUAUCUCGAGAUGUCGAGGUCUUUGAUUGGGUACCAAUUGUUGGAUCCAAUCCACGACUGGAUCAAGUGCAGAAUUUUGAAGAGAAUAGAGUCAAGAUCAUGAGAUUGUUAUCUCAAGAUUAGAGAUCUUUGAUGGAUGCAAAAUAUUGGAUCCGUCCCCAAACGGGCCGUGAAAAAUCUGCCCAGUCCUGAUUUGCAUAAAUUGAUUUUCAACAUUUCAAACAUUUGUGGGAGAUUCAUGAUGUUGAGAACAGAAGAUAAUGAAACGAGAACUUUAAACUUGAUGAAGCUCUUGGCACCACAGCUGCUGUUACAGACUGAUCUGAUUUAGUUAUAUUUAUUAAUCAUUUAAAAUAACUACAACAUUGGAUUAAAAAUUGAGAUUUUAAUUUGUUUGUGUCCCACACUGAUGAGGUUUAUGGAAACCUGCCGAAACUGUAACUGUCCCUUUGGUUUGUGCUGUGAACACGAUGUUUACUGAGCUCAUAAUAAUAUAAAUAUAUAUAUAGAUAUACAUCUAUAAACUUUAAGUGUCUGACAAAAGAAAUGUAGUUCUGUACCGAUGUUAACUUUAUGAAGCUUUUUUUUAUAAAUUGUGCAAUUUUUUGGCAGCAUGAUUGUGAAGAAAUUAUGACAUUUAGAUGACUGACUUUACAUUUUUUAUGCAAUAAAAAAGCUCUGAGAUA